AUGGUCGUAAUAGGAAAGUUGUUGAAAGCCGACAACGAUGCUCCCUCUGAGUUGGAGAAGCAAGUCUCCCAAGCCCUUUUAGAGCUUGAGGCUAACUCUGAUAUUAAGGCUCAACUUCGUGAGCUCUACAUUGUUGGAGUUAAGGAAGUUGAUGUUGGCAGCAAGUCUGUCAUCAUCGUUUAUGUUCCAGUUCCUCAGCUCAAGCAAUUCCACAAAAUCCAAACUCGCGUUGUCCGUGAGCUUGAGAAGAAGUUCGGUGGAAAGCACGUCCUCGUCCUUGCUAAGAGAAGAAUCCUUCCCAAGCCAGCUAGAGGAGCUAAGGCUAACAACACACUUAAGCAAAAGAGACCACGUUCCCGAACUCUUACCGAAGUCCACAACGCUUGGCUCGACGAGAUGGUCUUCCCCGCCGAAGUCGUUGGAAAGAGAAUCAGAGUUAAACUCGAUGGAAAGAAGGUCCACAAGAUCCACCUUGACAAGGCCCAACAAUGCAACGUUGAACACAAGGUUGACAUCUUCUCCUCUGUCUACAGAAAGCUUACCGGAAAGGAAGUUGUGUUCGAGUUCCCUGAUCCAAUCUUCUAA